GGCUCGAUUUUGACGUUGAUUUGAAUUUUUGCGCCCAAAUGGUUCUCCUGCUACAAACACCAGAUGGCGCCGAAAUCGCCAAAGGUGGCGGGUUUGAUCCAGAUGGAGUAGUCAAACUCAACGUGCUCAGAGUACGGCAUGCUGGCGAGCGGCGCGGACUCCGUGUGAGGCUCAGCGCGAAGCGGCCGUACACGUGAUCAUCUCCGUGCUAUUGUGUACCGUUGAUGCCUUCAACGAGCGAAGUUGCCGUAACAUAAUCGUACAAUGUUAGCAGAAUUUUUUGAGAUGUAUUUGCAGUCUUGGGCUGCGCGUUGAUCAGGAGUGCGCUAGAAGCAGAUCGAAGUGAAAAAUAUGACAGAAACGAAGCGCACAGAGAAUUGAGUAUCACAGAUGGCUACUGUCGUUGUCAUCGUCGGCGAAUCGGAAGAAAGAUUGCCAAUUGUAAAUGUAAGCUAAUCAAACACUGCAGGUAUGUCCGUUCCGUAUGAAUAUCCGUGUAUUGGAUUGAGUGAGGAAUCGAUCUGACGCUAUUGACUGUAGUGGCAUCACGCACCAAAUAAUAAAUAUCGAGUUAACUUUUUUUCAUACAAUCAGUCAAGCAAUAGUGAAUGCAAAAGACACAGAGGUACUGCUAGAUAUAGAAAAGCAUACGAAACAAAUUUGAAGUGAGUUAUUUAACUUCCUUUGGAAAAAGAAAUUAAGCUGGAGGACUAUUGGAGGAUGUGAUAUCUUAAACAACUACUAUGCCGUCUCGCGUCUUACUGAGCUGGAGUGGGCGGCUACCAGCGUGAUCGAACUACAAUGGAAAGGAGAAUAGCGUGGACAACAUCUUCACAAGGCGUUAUUGCUCCAACACCGUUUUGUCGGAGCGUCCUCCUUCUCCUGGUACUCCCGCCGCUCCUGAGUGAGCCCCCGUGGCAUUUAACCUGGCCAUCAGAUGCUCUAACAUUCCUGCCUGCUUGCACUCAGCCUGCGACGACAACGAAAGCAGCAAUUCGCUAUGCGUCGUUACGGGCCAGCACGUACCGACCAGUGUUUGUGGGCGCGUCACACUCGGGGGAAGACGAUUUCUCGUUCGCCCCACCCCCGCAGUCGGUAUCGGUACAGGCGGGUCACGGAACGCUUUUGCAAUGUGGGGUCACGGAUAACACGUCGAUUGAAAUUCAUUGGACACGUGGUGGUGAACCUGUUGUUGAGAGCGUCCGCCGACGAAUGGAAGGCACGAACCUGCGCUUUGUGCGUGUCGAGCCAGAGUUUGAUACGGGUGAGUUCCAGUGCAUCGCCACGAACACGUCUUCGGGAUUUACAAUAUCAUCCGAUCCCGUCUCCAUAAACAUUUUAUGGUUGGGCGAAGCUGUGGUAAAAUUAAGAGAACCGACGGCUAGGCCCGAGGCAGGCGUCGACCUGGUCCUCACCUGCGACGUUGACGGUAACCCGGAACCGCAUCAUAUUGAGUGGUUCCGUAACGGAGUACGAAUCCAUCGCGGAAGUCACGUGUCGUUUCGGAUUCCGCACGUCACCCUUUUUAACGUUUCAACAAAAGACAACGGAGUGUAUUCUUGCAAGGUGGCCAACGAUGUGGCAGUUGUCUCGAGUUCCACGCAUUUUGUACUCGAUCUUCAAGGACCUGGCGUACCUUCAUUAAAGGUACGACCCUUAGAUGUGAUGGUCGCCGAAGGAAGUGACGCCAUAUUGGAUUGUGCCUUUGAUGGCGCCGCCAUGGUGGAAUGGUACGCACACGGCCAUGACACCCCGCUACAAAACGGUAGUCGGAUGACAAUCUGGCCAAACAAUUCGUUGAGCAUCAGGACGGUCGCAAAGAAAGAUGAGGGAAUGUUCCAGUGUGUGGCUAUUCCCAGGCACAGGGGCGUACCCCAACAGGUCUUCGCGGCGCGUCUGUCUGUUGCAUGGAUCGGUGAUUUUGACCAGGAAACUUCAAUUGAACCUCCCAACUCGUUGUCGUCAUCAUCGUCAAGUUACGACCUUACCUACGUCACUCGUUUAGGGGGCAAAUUGCGUUUGUUGUGUCUUCCACCGGAUGGGAUACCGACACCACGUUGGUAUUGGACACGACCUGGAGGUCACGUUGUGUCGGAUAAAGGACGACUUCGUAUCAACUCGAAUUCUGAAUUAGAACUAGAUGACAUACGGCUAGAAGACGCAGGCAACUAUACGUGCCACGCUGAGAACCUUGCAGGAAAACGAAGCCUUGUCGUGAACCUCAUCGUAACAACGCCGCCUGAAGUGCACGACCAUGUUACAUCAACACUUCGCCUGCACGAAGGAAGCUCGCACAUUGUUCAGUGUUCGUUUCGAGUUGCCGGAGCGGGUUGGCCUCAUACUCAGGUAGUCUGGACUUACCUGCAUGCUCCGACGGGUAGGACACCGCUUGAUUUCGAUCCCCGUGAAGGUGAUCUUACCCUCGCUAAUGUGACCCUCAACGAUGCUGGCAGUUAUGCCUGUUCCGUGACCUCAGAUGGAUUUCCUACUGUUCAUUCAAAACCUAUCGUUAUCGAAAUCAUUGAAAAGCUAAAAUUUUUUCCAGUUCCGGUUAACAAAAACUUAGAAUUUAAUACAGUUAGUCGAAUUCCCUGCCAAGCCCGAGGUGCGCCCUCACCCAAGGUCAAGUGGACAAAGAUUCAGUAUCAGACGCCAAGUCUUAGAGCUGAAAUUAAAGCUGAUGAGAGCGAGCGGAACACGGCCGCACGAGCUGUCGCUUCGCACGAACACAAAACCCUUCCUUUACCCACCAACCUUAGAGAGGAAAAUGGCGUGUUGAUUUUCGAUCCCGUGACGUAUGAUGACGCCGGCUACUAUCGUUGUACCGCCACUGCUGGACAAGACAGCAUCAACGUAACGAUCGAGGUCACCGUUGGAGUGGCUCCACGGUUCAUCCUUCCACCUAAUGAUACAGACGCACUUGAGGGGCAUCCCACGUGGUUAGAUUGUGUGGUCGAAGGAGAUCCACUCCCACAGGUGCGCUGGGAUCGAAAUUCAAAUUUUAACAUUCUAGCGCACGAACACCCCCGUAUCGAGAUGUUGGAUAAUGGAACUCUGUAUAUUCAUGAAGUACACGUGGGGGAUUCUGGCCGGUAUGGUUGCACAGCUGGUAAUCGAGGUGGUUUUAAGCGUACCGAGGCUAAACUAACGGUGAAAUCGUCACGCGACUUCGUACCUCAGUACACCCUGUCUGGAGAUUCAGGCGAGGAGACCAUCUCUAGGACGAUCUCCAUAACGUUAGGGGCAGCAGGCCUCUAUAUGGCCCUCGUGCUUACCCUGAUGCUGUACUGCCGCGUAAGCAGGGCCAGACGAAAGGCCGCUUUACUCGGCAGCAGAUCCAAAGGAGGUGGCUCUAUCGAAGAGGACGGUUUGGAUGGAGGGGUGACAGGAGGUUCAGGAGAGCUGCCAAGCAACAAGUUGCUUCCAUCGGCAGGCUCUUCGGAGACUGAGUCAGUUACAUCGAAGAAUAGCAAGCUUUCAGUUGAGAGACUGCAUUUUCCUCGAAAGGAUCUUCAAACAGUGAUGCUCUUAGGAAGGGGAGAUUUUGGAGAUGUAUAUCUUGCCAAACCUAAUGGUAUAGCUGAAGACAUGGUAAUGGUUAAAUCUCUCCAUUCGUCGGAGGAAGCGUCCCAGAGCGAGUUCCGACGGCAGACAGAAAUGUAUUCUAAACUGAAUCAUCAAGGAAUCUGUCGCGUUGUGGGAAUGUGUGCUGAGACAGAACCCCUAUUGGUCAUGUAUGAACAUACCGACUGGGGUGAUUUAAAGCAGUUUCUCUUAGCCACUCGAAAAGAUACGCCAGCACCACAGGGUAAUCGUCCACCAGCUCUCACGACAGCUCAGUGCAUGGGAAUCUGUCAUCAAGUGGCGUUAGCCAUGGAUUAUCUGUCCAACCAUCGAUUUGUGCAUAAAGAUCUAGCGACAAGAAAUUGUUUGGUUACAAGUAAAUUGGACAUCAAAAUAUCUAGUCCCAGCUUAAGUAAAGACACGUAUUCCUCGGAGUACUUCCAUUACCGUGAUCAACUGGUUCCCCUGAAGUGGGCUCCAGCCGAAGCGGUGAUCGAGGAUCAGUGGAGCUCGAAGAGUGACGUAUACGCGUACGCCGUACUUUGCUGGGAAAUUUUCAGCCAGGCGCAACUACCCCAUGAAGACAUCUCCAACCCAGACUUUCUCUAUCGGCUGGAAGUACAUGACAUCAAAUGGGAACCGCCAACGAGAAGUCCGUCCGCAAUGAAAGACUUACUGCGGGCAUGUUGGCGAAUUUCCGCCAAGGACAGACCAACCUUCAGUGAAGUCAGUUCUCAGGUCGGCCAGAUAUUUGUCGAUACGAAUGUCUAGAACUCGAUCAAGGCAAAGGCCAGCCACAUCAGAAAGCAUCGCCAUCGAAGCAACAAGAAACGCAAACACUCCAAAGAUCGACACGUCGGAAGGGGGCACAAGGACCUUGAUGGCGGGGAAGAUAGCCACGGAAACAGUCGCCAUGGUUCCGGGGGUGGGGGAACGACGAGUGGCGGUCACAAGGAACGCAAAGAAGGAAAGGAUCGCGACCGCCGAUCCAAGUUUAACUUCAAGGGUCGCUGUCGGUUCAAAUCGUUAUCGCAUUAUCACCACGACGCGUCUAUAUACAGCUCGCCAUUCAGCGCACAACCCUCGCCGCUGCAUUUUCACGUACGCAUGAGCAACCAUUCGUCACCCUCGCAUUCGUAUUUAACAUCAACAACGCUGCUCGCGAGCCACGGCCUACUGGACUCCGAGCCCAAAUUGACACCAUACGUAUGAGCUACGGGCGACGGCGUGAGUUUGGAUGAAAACAACAAUAGCAAAAACAACGCGUGUUUUUCAAAAGUCGAUUGGUCGCGAGGCAGCUGAUAUCUUUAUUUGUCUUUUGCAUUUACAUGUUACCCUGAAGAAGAUUAUCCAAUAGAAAAGAAAAGAACUUGAGUAUUCGUAUGAAACUCGAAAAAAGGGUUAUGAGUAUACGUGGGUCAAAAAAAUAGACAAAGUGUGGAGGUAACAGACAAAAAACAACGUAUCCUUUCACUGGGUCAAAGGAUUAUUCAAUGCUAAUAUAAGUAAAUACGCAUUUACAUACAUAUAUCGCCUCAUCAUAAGAAGAGUUAACACUUACAUUAAAAAACCGAAAUUACAGAAGAACACGAUGACGAAUUUCAGCUUACAAAAAUGGGUAAAUACGUAAUGUACACCCGUGCGUAGAAAUAAGCUGUUGUUAUGUUGAACUAUCAGAUCGAGACAGAACGGGCCAGUUAGUCCCCAUCUUAGUGAACGCGACUUGUCACCAAAAGAACCAGGGAGAACUCACAAACAACUACUAAACCCUUGAAAAUCCUAUUUAGCAUAGUUGCUUAAGUGUCCAGUAGUAUUCUCUAUUAACAUUCGCCCUGCCUUGUCCUUGCAUCCCAACUGCUUCUUACACAGUGGACCCACUCUGCAAUCGCCUGCGCGUAUUCAAUGCCCAUUACGAAACCCACCGUGUAUUCCAUACUGCCAGAGCAAGUGAUGCCCUUACUCGGCUUUACGGCAUAUCGCUUACUUGCCAAGAAUAUUAGAUAGGUGCUACUAAAGACCUGGCUAGUGCGGGUCCGUUUCAGUGCUCUCCAAAUAUUCCGCUAGAGGCAUGCAUGGCUCAGAAGCAUUCUUUUUUUGCACCGCUAUCGUUCAGUGUUUUAUUUUGUAAUCAAUACUGCCUGCCAAACUCCAUCGCAAUGCGAUAUCACGCUGGUUCUUCACUAUCUCAUACCAUCAUAUCUGUACAUUGAGUCUAUAAAUCGAAAUCACCCGACGAUCCAACCUAUUCCAUCAGCUGAUCAAAGCCACUAAGCCUUCCACUGACCUCAACUAGUCAGCUAGUGGACAAACAAUCUACUUCACAACUCUCAGGGUUACUUCCGAUUUUAUCACGAGUUGCAAUAUGUCAAACACCAUGUACUGUUCAGAUAUUUCUAUUGAACAAUAUGGCCACAUCAAUCCAAUUUUACCUGAUAAA